CGCACAGUAGUUGUUAUCGCUGCAACCUAUCGGCAGAUUCGCUGGGCGUUUCACAAUUUUUUUUGGGAAACACAACAAACCGUAAUACAAAGGACACCAUGCUCGUUCUGGUACUCGGCGACCUGCACAUUCCGCACCGGUGUAGCAGCCUGCCGGCCAAGUUCAAGAAGCUGCUGGUGCCGGGCCGCAUCCACCACAUCUUAGCCACCGGAAACAUUUGCACCAAGGAGUCCUACGACUACCUAAAAUCCCUGGCCAACGAUGUGCACAUAGUGCGCGGUGAUUUCGAUGAGAACCUUACAUAUCCGGAGCAGAAGGUGGUCACGGUGGGCCAGUUCCGGAUCGGCCUGUGCCACGGUCACCAGGUGGUUCCCCGCGGCGAUCCGGAGGCACUGGCCCUCAUACAGCGACAGUUGGACGUGGACAUCCUGAUCACAGGACACACGUACAAAUUCGAGGCCUACGAGCACGGGAACAAGUUCUACAUCAAUCCGGGAUCAGCCACGGGGGCUUUCAAUCCGCUGGACACAAAUGUGGUGCCCUCUUUUGUUCUCAUGGAUAUUCAGAGCACCACUGUGGUCACGUAUGUCUACCAGCUGAUUGGAGACGAGGUCAAGGUGGAGCGUAUCGAGUACAAGAAGAUAUAGGGUCCUAGUAUUAGCCACCAGCCAUUCCCAACCAAAUUAACCCCCGGACCCCGCAUUCUGAGCUUGGCUUAAUUAAAGAAAUUGUAAAUGUAUGUAGCAAUAAAUCAAGUUCUCAUUUUUUUAUCUGAUAAAAAGUGCUGACAUUUUAUUUAAAUAGAAAAUGAAAUUGAAAUCGAAUGAAGCUUGCUGUUUGAAUUUUAUCGAACAAUUAAUAAACGUUUACACAAAGUGA